AUGUCCAGCCCCCCGCUGUCCAAGAAGCGCCGCAUCUCCGGGUCUGAGCCACCGUCGGGCUCCAGCCGUGCCCCUGUCCCCAGCCUCUCCUCCAGCGCCACCCCCACCAACGGCAUGGCGAAGAAUGGGGGCGAAGCCGAGAUCGAUGAGGGGCUCUACUCCCGCCAGCUGUACGUGCUGGGCCACGAGGCCAUGAAGCGGAUGCAGACGUCCAAUGUCCUGGUCUCAGGGCUCAGGGGCCUCGGGGUGGAAGUGGCCAAAAACCUGGUGCUGGGGGGGGUCAAAUCCGUCACCCUCCACGACCCCCACCCCGCGGCAUGGCCUGACCUGGCCUCCCAGUUCUACCUGCGGGAGGAGGAUGUGGGGCAGAACCGGGCGGAGGCGACACUGCCGCGCUUGGCGGAGCUCAACUCCUACGUGGCCGUGAGCAGCAGCCGUGAGCCCCUGAGCCAGGAGCUGCUUGCGCCCUUCCAGGUCGUGGUUUUGACCAACUCAACCCUGGAGGAGCAGCUUUGGGUCGGGGACUUCUGCCACAGCCACGGCAUCAAACUGGUGGUGGCCGAUACCCGUGGGCUCUUUGGCCAGCUCUUCUGUGACUUUGGGGACGACAUGGUGGUGACAGACACCAACGGCGAGCAGCCCCUCAGCGCCAUGGUUUCCAUGGUGACCAAGGGAUGCCCAGGGGAGGUGACGUGUCUGGAUGAGGCCCGGCAUGGCUUCGAGACCGGCGACUUCGUCACCUUCACCGAGGUGGAAGGGAUGGAGCAGCUCAACUCCUGCGGCCCUGUUGAGAUCCGCGUCCUCGGGCCCUACACCUUCAGCAUCGGGGACACGAGCGAGUUCGGGGACUACGUGAGGGGGGGCAUUGUCACCCAGGUCAAGAUGCCCAAACACAUCCGCUUCAAGCGGCUGCGGGAGUCGCUGGUGGAACCGGAGCUGAUGGUCACCGACUUUGCCAAGGCCGAGAGGCCCCCGAUGCUGCACUGGGGCUGGCAGGGCCUGCACCGCUUCAUAGCCCAGCGCGGGCACGCGCCACGGCCACGGCACCAGGGCGACGCAGCCGAGAUGGUGGCCUUGACCCGGGCCCUGGCCCCAGGAGUGGAACUGGAUGAGAAGCUCCUGCAGGAAUUGGCUUUCCAGGCCACCGGAGACCUGGCCCCGCUCAACGCCUUCAUCGGGGGCUUGGCAGCACAGGAGGUCAUGAAGGCGGUGUCCGGGAAGUUCACCCCCAUCACCCAAUGGCUCUACUUUGAUGCCCUGGAAUGUCUGCCUGAGGAGAACAAAGAGACGGUUCUGACUGAAGAGCAGUGUCGCCCGCGCAACAGCCGCUACGACGGGCAGAUCGCGGUGUUCGGGGCCGACCUGCAGGCCAAGCUGGGAGCCCAGAAGUACUUUGUGGUGGGUGCAGGAGCCAUCGGUUGUGAGCUGCUGAAGAACUUUGCCAUGAUGGGGCUGGGCUGUGGCCCCGAGGGCUCCAUCACUGUCACCGACAUGGACACCAUUGAGAAGUCCAACCUCAACCGCCAGUUCCUCUUCCGGCCUUGGGAUGUCACGAAGCUGAAGUCGGAGCGGGCGGCGGCGGCCGUGCGGGCCAUGAACCCUUCGCUGCGCAUCACGAGCCGCCCCGAGCGCGUCGGCCCCGAGACCGAGCGCGUCUACGACGACGACUUCUUCGAGGGCCUCGAUGGUGUCGCCAACGCCCUCGACAACGUCGAUGCCCGGCUCUAUAUGGACCGGCGCUGUGUGUACUACCGGAAGCCACUGCUGGAGUCAGGCACGUUGGGCACAAAGGGGAACGUGCAGGUGGUGAUCCCCUUCCUGAGCGAGUCCUACAGCUCCAGCCAGGACCCCCCCGAGAAGGCCAUCCCCAUCUGCACCCUCAAGAACUUCCCCAACGCCAUCGAGCACACGCUGCAGUGGGCACGGGAUGAGUUCGAGGGCCUCUUCAAGCAGCCAGCAGAGAACGUCAACCAGUACCUGAUGGACCCACGGUUCCUGGAGCGGACGCUGCGCCUGGCAGGGACGCAGCCGCUGGAGGUGCUGGAGGCAGUGGAGCGGAGCCUGGUGACGGAGCGGCCCCGGGACUGGCCCGACUGUGUGGCCUGGGCCUGCCGGCACUGGCACCGCCAGUACAGCAACAACAUCCGGCAGCUGCUGCACAACUUCCCCCCGGAACAGACAACAAACUCGGGGACCCUCUUCUGGUCGGGACCCAAGCGCUGCCCCCACCCAUUGGUCUUUGACCCCGACAACCCCCUGCACCUGGACUAUGUGCUGGCAGCCGCCAACCUCUUUGCCCAGAGCUAUGGGCUGGAGGGCUCCCGGGACCGCGCGGCCGUGGCUGAGCUCGUGCGCCACGUGCGGGUGCCCCCGUUCACCCCCAAGGCUGGUGUCCGCAUCCACGUGUCCGACCAGGAGCUGCAGAGCGCGGCCACCGCCAUGGAUGAUGGGCGCCUGGAGGAGCUGAAGGCAUCGCUGCCCAGCCCCGAGGAGCUGCGUGGGUUCCGCAUGUACCCCAUUGACUUCGAGAAGGACGAUGACACCAACUUCCACAUGGAUUUCAUUGUCGCUGCUUCCAACCUGCGAGCUGAGAACUAUGACAUCCCCCCGGCCGACCGCCACAAGAGCAAGCUGAUCGCGGGCAAGAUCAUCCCGGCCAUCGCCACGACGACGGCAGCGGUUGUGGGUCUGGGCUGCCUGGAGCUGCUCAAGGUGGUGCAGGGGCACCGCAGGCUCAGCUCCUACAAGAACGGGUUCCUCAACCUGGCCCUGCCCUUCCUGGGCUUCUCCGAGCCCAUCGCCUGCCCCCGCAACAAGUACUAUGAGGUGGAGUGGACGCUUUGGGACCGCUUCGAGGUGCAGGGGCUGCAGCCCGAUGGGCAGGAGAUGACCCUGCGCCAGUUCCUCGCCUACUUCAAGCGGGAGCAUCGCUUGGAGAUCACGAUGCUGUCACAGGGGGUCUCCAUGCUCUACUCCUUCUUCAUGCCCCCAGCCAAGCUGCGCGAGCGCCACGACCAACCGAUGACGGAGAUCGUGGCGCGGGUCUCCAAGAAGAGGCUCGGCCGCCAUGUCAAGGCCUUGGUCUUCGAGCUCUGCUGCAACGACGACACCGAAGCCGACAUCGAGGUGCCCUACGUGCGGUACAGCAUCCGCUAAGCCACGCCCCCAGGGCGGGGCCUCCGAUGGACACGCCCCCUCCUCUAAGCCCCGCCCCCCUGUGGCCCCACCCUCUCCCUUUAAGCCCUGGUUCUCUGUUCACACACAUCCCCUGCCCCCCA